AUGGAGGAAAUUCCUGCCCUGUAUCCAACGGAACAAGAAUUCAAAAAUCCGAUCGAUUAUCUCUCUAACCCCCACAUUAAAAGGCUUGGUGUACGAUAUGGUAUGGUCAAGGUCGUACCACCAAACGGGUUCUGCCCGCCACUUUCUAUUGAUAUGGAAAAUUUUACUUUUCAACCAAGAAUUCAAAAUCUGGAGAACCUAGACCUGAAAAAUAGGUGUAGGCUAUUUUUUAUGAAACAGUUAAAUAAUUUUAAAAGAUCCGUUAAGGAUCCAUCGAAACUUAUACUUAGGGAACCUUAUACGAUUGUAGAAUAUUCAGAUUCUACUCAUGCAUCGGAAAUACUAAAAAAAAAAGUGUACUUUUAUGACGUUUUCUCUGAACUAAUAAAAGACAAUCGGACACUUACUGACACUACACAGUCAUUCAGGCGAAAAUUGAAAUUUAGAGAUAUUUCCCAAUUAAGAGGCGACAUCAGUCUAUGGAGGACCAUUUCUAAAAAAUUCAACGUACCAAUCGGCUUGUUAAAGGAAAUUUUUGAGAAAUAUAUUGCCUCAUACUACAUAUUUCUUCAUUCACUGAACGAGAACGUGCACACGGCGCUGCAUGCUGACCAGUAUCCAAAAUCCUUAUUAAGUGAUGACGAGGACGAUUUCGAUCUUGGGCCAGAUUCGAAUUCUGGGUCGGAUUUUGAGGAGGACGAUGAUGAUGCUUGUAUUGUUUGUCGCAAGACAAAUGAUCCAAAAAGAACAAUUUUAUGUGAUUCAUGUGACAAACCAUUCCAUAUAUAUUGUUUAUCACCACCUUUGGAACGUGUUCCCUCUGGCGAUUGGAUUUGUAACACUUGUAUCGUCGGAAACGGAUAUUACGGAUUCACUCAGGACACGCAUGACUAUUCUCUACCAGAGUUUCAAGAAUAUUGUAAACGUCAAAAUUCAAGGUUAUUACCAGCACGAAAACUGUCUAUAGAUGAGUUGGAAGAGAUGUUUUGGAGCUUAGUGACCAAGAAUCGUCGCAGUUCAUUAACGACAGUUAAAUACGGUGCUGACAUACAUAACGAAUUGCCAGGUCAAAUUACCGGCUUUCCGACGAGAGAAUUUAUACCCAAAAAUAUAAAUGGGGACGAAUUGAUAGACUACCUCAAAUAUUGCGAUCAUCCUAUGAAUUUAACUAACUUGCCUAUGGCUCAUAAUUCGCUAUUACCGUUAUUUAAAAGAAAUAUUUCUGGCAUGACUAUUCCUUGGAUUUACAUAGGCUCCUUAUUUUCCACAUUUUGUUGGCAUAUGGAAGAUCAGUAUACCCUAAGUGCUAACUAUCAACAUGAAGGUGACCCUAAGGUCUGGUACAGCAUUCCCGAAUCGGGAUGUACGAAAUUCAACGAUCUAUUAAAUGAUAUGUCACCAGACUUAUUUAUCAAACAACCAGACCUACUGCAUCAGCUAGUGACUUUAAUAUCUCCGUACGAUCCAAAUUUCAAGAAAUCAGGUAUUCCUGUGUACAAAGCUGUGCAAAAGCCCAACGAAUAUAUUAUCACGUUUCCUAAAUGUUACCAUGCUGGUUUUAAUACAGGUUAUAAUUUUAAUGAAGCUGUCAAUUUUACUAUAGAUUUCUGGCUACCAUAUGGAUUUGGUGCGAUUACGGAUUAUAAAUUAACUCAGAAAGCAUGUGUUUUUGAUAUGUUUGAUUUAAUGAUCAAUGUUUUGGACAAGUACAAUAAAGAUACUCUAUUGUUCAAUGAUGCUUUUGUUAGGCAAUGUUACUCUUCAUUGAUCGUCUUUUAUAAUACUGAAUUAAAACGCAUACGGAAAAUUCAGGCCAUUGUACCACGGACAACUCUUUUGGAGGUGCAUACUGAUCCAAACGAUGAAGAUGAGGAAUACGAUAUAUUUUGUUCCCAAUGUAAGACUAUAUGUUCAAUAGCCUUUGUAUUGCGAAAGAAUAACUAUGAUUCAAUUAGAACGUAUAAAAGACACAAGAAAAACCAUUUAAGUAUUAGGCAGUGGAAUGAACUAUCCACGACGGACAGUAAAGUGAGUAUCCUGUGUACGCAGGAUUACUUAAAAUCAAUACAAAACUUGAACAAUAGCGACGGUGAAGAACCUUAUAUUGACGAUGAAUUGUAUUUCACUAAGUCUUUGAAGGAUAUUGACUCUUUAAUAAAGCAAGUUGGUGUUAAGUUAGAUAGAUAG